GAGGAGGUGGAAGAGUCCAGGAGACAACUAGUUGGAGGAGCCAAAGUCCCCAUAAUGGCUGCCCAGGGGUGUGCCCUGCCUCAGUGGCUGCUGCUGCUCCAGCUGCUGCAGCUGCUGUUCCUAGAUGUCACGGUGGGCGCGCGGUGGAGCGGGGAGGGCACCAACCAGCAGUUGCAGAGUAUCUUCCUGGGCCGCUGUGCCGCGUACACCACGCUGCUGAGCCUCCAGCUGGGGAACAAGAACUGCACAGCCAUCUGGGAAGCCUUCAAAGUGGCGUUGGACAAAGAUCCCUGCUCUGUGCUUCCCUCAGACUAUGACCUUUUCAUUAACCUCUCUAGGCACCCCAUUCCUAGAGACAAGGCCCUGUUCUGGGAAAAUAACCACCUGCUGGUUACCAGCUUUGCAGAGAACACCCGUCGCUUUAUGCCCCUGUGCAACGUUCUGUAUGGAAAUGUUGGAGAUUUCAUGAGCUGGUGUCGACAGGAAAAUGCCUCAGGUCUUGAUUAUCAGUCCUGCCCCACAGCAGAAGACUGUGAAAACAAUGCUGUAGAUUCGUAUUGGAAAAGUGCAUCCAUGCAGUAUUCACGAGAUAGUUCUGGGGUGAUCCACGUCCUGCUGAAUGGCUCAGAGCCAACAGGAGCCUAUCCCCUCAGAGGGUUUUUUGCAGAUUUUGAAAUUCCAUACUUACAGAAGGAUAAAAUCACAAGAAUUGAGAUCUGGGUCAUGCAUGACAUCGGAAAGCCCCGCGUGGAAUCCUGUGGAGAAGGCAGUGUGAAAAUCCUGGAAGACAGACUAGAGGCCCUCGGGUUCCAGCACAGCUGUAUUGAUGAUUACUUACCAGUGAAACUCUUAAUGUGUGUGGACCACAGCACUCACCCUGACUGUGCUCUAAAUUCAGCAGCUGCAUCUACUCAAAGGACGAGCUCAUCUCCUUACACAACACAGAAUACCAGCCUUGUCAUUUCUCUCUUAGUGAUUUUGACUUCAGGUUCUCAAAUGUAAUUAGAAACUCAACUGUGCUGUUCUAACAAUCUAGCCCUGCAUCUCCCCUUGAACAAUGCAGCUCAUCCUGUGGAUGCCAAGGGAUCCCACUGUCUAAAGACACUUACAUCUAGGGAAAGUGUCCCAAGAUGCUAUUCCAAUAAUACAUACCUGUGCUUAAGAUUCAAGAAACAGCACGUUAAUCUAGUCCUGCUUAGCAGGUGGAAUUUGCUACCACGGAAUUAAAGUUAUUAUUUUCUUACUUUGAUGAUGAUGUAAAGCAAUGAGACCUAGAUUGCCAUAUAAUCUGAUAUAACCAAAUAUAUUGGGAAAAUUUCUAUUGUGCAUUUUCUGUAUUUUCCUGUGUCUCUAGCAGUACACAGUACAUGCUUGUUAAUAGCUUCAGAUGUGUGUACAGCAUAUAAAGAUCUACCUACAUAGAUGAUAUGCAAAGAUUUAUGUAUAAAGAUGUCCAAUUAAUGAUUACUUAUAAGGGAGCAACUCAAAAUGUCAAAUAUAUAUAUUUAUUGGAACUGUUUAAGGUUUGGUGUGCCUACAGGAUGGAGUAUUUGUUUAACAAGUAAAAGUCAUGUUUACCAACCCACUGGUGACGGGAUAAGUCAGCUGUGGUGCAUCUAUACUAGGAAACACUGUUCACCUAUCAAAGGUGACUAGCAUUGAUAUAUGUGACGUCAUGGCUGGAACUCUAGUGCACUGUGCUAGGGGAAAGAAACUAGAGCAAGAGGCUACGUACUGCAGCAUAAUUAUGUGGUGUUCUGGAAAAAACAAAAAGACAGAGCGAUCAUCUCCAGAUAGUGAUCUUGCCAGUGAUUCUAUUUUUUUGUUUUGGUCUUUUUGAGAUGGUCUCCCUGUAGCUCAAGCUGACCUGGAACUUGUUCUGUAGACCAGGCUACCUACAGGAAGAGAGCAGCGGUUUCCAGGGAGAGUGGGGGGGUGCACUGGAUCUGAGGGAGGCCAAGUUAAAGGGGCAGCUUGCAGAAAGUGCUGGAAAUGCUCUGUAUCUGGACCAAGAUGCUCGUUAUAAAUCUGUAGUUUUCAAAGCUCUUAGAACUAUAUAUCACAAAGAGUAAAUCUUACUUAGUGUAAAUUUAAAAUCUAUGCCUCCAGAGAAUAUUUAAUCACAUAAGAAAAUGUCAAAAAGUUUAAGAGACAGGAUAUACAACUGCUCACACUAUGGUGCAACUGUUCCAAAAUAUGAUACAAAUGUAAUACAUUAUGUCAUGAGUAUGUGUUUAUUAUAGACACAUAAAGGAAUGAAAGAAAACAAGCCAAAGGCAGAGGAAUCUUCGCCAGGUGGUGGUCUUGCCAGUGAUUCUAUAUUUUCUUUUUUGGUGUUUUUGAGACAGGGUCUCCCUGUAGCCCAAGCUGACCUGGAACUUACUAGGUAGACCAGGCUGGCCGAGAUCUCACAGAGA